CAAUCCUGGUCUCCAGGAACUAGUCUACUUACAGUCUGAGUCUGAGAAAGAACGUGAUUAUCAAAGAAAAUCAACUGUAUCUUACAGUUGCACUGCUGGUCCCGGUGCUCCGUCUCUCCAUGCUGCACUCCGGCUCUCCGCUUCCACGGGAGCCUCAACUCGCACCUCUCCAACAAAGAGAGUAGUGUUUGUUGCGACUUCCGCGCAGCCAAUCGCCACGCUGUUGCCCUUGGUAACCACGUCCAUCAUCCUUCCACAUCCAAUAACUGGCAGGGGCGGGGCGGAGUCCAGGUGCGCCUCGGCGUCCACUUGGCAGAGCGCCUGGGAGCCGCCUGUGGGCAGGAGAGGAUCUGUCAAAUGCGAGGUUCCUUUAAUAAGAGCGACCAGUCCGGCUCCGAGAGUCAUGGCGACCGCAACGUCUAACCACUACAACAUCCUCACCUCCAGCGCAUCCAUCGUGCACUCGGAGCCCGGCAGCAUGCAGCAAGCCACGGCGUACCGGGACGCGCAGAGCCUGUUGCAGAGCGACUACCCGCUGCAGAGCAACAGCCACACGCUCAGCCACGCACACCAGUGGAUCACGGCGCUGUCCCACGGAGAAGCAGCCCCGUGGUCCUCCAGCCCGCUCGGCGCAGAGCAGGACAUCAAACCCGCGGUGCAGGGCGCCCGGGACGAGAUGCACAAUUCCAGCAGCAACCUGCAGCACCAGUCACGGCCGCCUCACCUGGUGCACCAGACGCACGGGAACCACCACGACGCCCGGGCGUGGAGAACCACCACCGCGGCGCACAUACCGAGCAUGGCGACGACGAACGGCCAAAGCCUUAUUUACUCCCAGCCGGGUUUCAGCGUCAAUGGGCUGAUCCCGGGAAGCGGGCAGGGGAUGCACCACCACAACCUAAGAGACAGCCAUGAGGACCACCACAGCCCGCACCUCAGCGAACACGGCCACACUCCGUCCCAGCAUCAGCACCAGCACCGGCCGCAGAGCCACCACGACCACUCGGACGAGGAUACGCCGACCUCGGACGACCUGGAGCAAUUCGCCAAGCAGUUCAAACAGCGCAGGAUCAAGCUGGGCUUUACGCAGGCGGACGUGGGACUCGCCCUGGGGACCCUGUACGGAAAUGUGUUUUCCCAAACCACCAUAUGCAGGUUUGAGGCCCUGCAGCUCAGCUUCAAAAACAUGUGCAAGCUGAAGCCUCUGUUGAACAAGUGGCUGGAGGAGGCAGACUCCACGUCGGGCAGCCCGACCAGCCUGGACAAAAUCGCGGCGCAGGGAAGGAAAAGAAAAAAACGGACUUCAAUCGAGGUAAGCGUAAAAGGAGCUUUGGAGAGCCAUUUUUUGAAGUGUCCUAAACCGGCAGCGUCGGAAAUAAUCAACCUGGCGGACAGUCUGCACCUGGAGAAAGAAGUGGUCAGGGUUUGGUUUUGUAACAGGAGACAGAAGGAGAAACGCAUGACCCCUCCCGGAGGAGCCCUGCCGGGAAGCGAGGAUGUGUACGGGGACACGCCGCCGCACCACGGGGUCCAGACCCCUGUCCAAUGAACUCCGCUGGACCGCUCCUCCAGGACUUGUUUAUCUUUUUUAUUUAUCCCCAAGGUUAUAUAUAAAUCACUGGACUAUGAAACGAUAUAGUGGGUGUUUUAUGUAUAAUAGAUUGCAGUGAGUACUUAAACAAUAUCUGCAGUGAAUGUCUGUGGAAAAUGGAAAAAUGUAUGAGGGGAGGACAGGACAGAUUUUCCUCUCCCAGAGCUAAAGGAACAUAAGCCUGUGUUGUGUUCUCCGAGGAUAUAUGCCCAGCACUGUGACUCGACGCAGUUUCAAGGUGUAGCCCCUAUUGUGUAUUGAAAUUAUACUUGACGAAAAAGAGAAGGGAGGGGAGAGAGGGUGCCCCGUUUUCGUCUCAGAAAGGCAUAGCCGAAUGGUUUCCAUCCGGUACUUUUAUAUCAAAUCCAACAUUUUUUUUGCCGUGCGUAAAAGGGAAAGUAAAGACGCUUUUAGUUUUGUAGCUCUAAACUGUGCGCGUCCAGCAGGGAUGGGUGGAUGGGUGCGUGGGUGGUGGAGGUGAGGGGGGGUCAAAGGAGCUGCGUUAAUGGAAUAAACUGGAGGCCGGUAAAGGCUACUGCCCCAGUCCGGUGGAGUCCAGCUGAGGGUGAGCAUCGUCUGAGUCCCAUCUGUCAGCGAGGAAGCACAGAGCCUCUCUGCUUUACAAAAAAAAAAAAAAAAAAAUGCUGGGAAACUGCAGGCCAUUCAGAGCCAGCUCUUUAUUCUGUGAGGACUGAGGUCAGGGUUUAGUUAUAUAUACAGAUUAUUAUUAUUAUGAUUAUUAUUAUGACUAUUAUUGUUAUUAUUAUUAGUCCAUGUGCACCUCCUUGACCAAGCUUCAAUAACUGGCCUGAGUGCAGCCAUGUGCUGGGCAAAAACUGUACGACCUCCAUCACGAGUCAAACAGCAGGGUUAACGCAAAGUCCGUUAUAUUUUCCACACAGCAAGCUCAAAUAAUAUGAUUCCUCCCCCUCAGAGCGACUCCCAGCUCCAGGAAGGUCUCCGUGGCGAUUCAUUGGAUUAUAUGGCACUUUUCCACAACAAGAUGGGCUCUAGACACACAGGUCUCUACAAAAAUAAGAUGGCAGCAACUCUCACAGAACAUUUGGAUCCACUUUUGUAAAUAUUGUAUAACUUUAAAAGUCAUGGCUUCAUCCCUUUUCUUUUUUUUUCUUUCUAUCUUCACUGGGGCACUUUUUGGAUUGAUGUUUUCCAAUACAAGCAGGUUGAAUUUCAGAAUCCAGUUUCCACUCAUAGCCUACCUACUGCCUUGUAUUUUGUGUGCUGUUAAAGGUUCUUUUUUGUUGUUGUUAUUGUUGCCGAAAUUAUGCUUAUUUACAAUUUAAUAAUUUCCUGUGGCGCGUUUUAUUUCUAAAGAUGUCUAAAUAUGUUUUUGUUUUGUUUUGUUUUCAACACGUAAGUUUAAUUUGUUUGAGGAGUUUUGUCAUUUGGCGUCCGCUCUGAAAUGACAUUGGAUUGUGUUUCCAAUCAAAGUAGAGUGCUUUAAAGACUUCAUUCAGAUUAAUCGAUGGGGUGGAAAGCUGUCUUCAAAUAAAUCAGAAUAAUUUUAAGAGAUGAAAAGAAUUAGUGUUUGAAAAAAAUUUAAUUAAAUUAAAUAAUACGGCCUUUAUAUUUCUACCCAAAUCACAUUUUAGUGACAUUCCAAAAAUGGCAGCAUAUGAUCAAAACUAUUAUUAUUAUUAUUAUUAUUAUUAUUAUUAUUAUUAUUAUUUGACAUGCAUUUAUGUCCAGCCAUCUCGUUGCUUUAUUAUGGGAGAAAUUCUCGUAGACUUUUUUUUUAAUUAUUAUUAUUAUUAUUUGUUUAGUUUUGUUAAUGAGAUUGUAAUUUAUUCUGCGAUGGCUUUCAUAGAUGACACAAAGGGCGAAAUAUAUCCGACACGAGAAGGCUUUUGUUUUGGAGGGGAAGGGAAGAGAAAGACAGAGAGAGGGAGAGAUUUUUUACUUUUCUGCCACAGCCUGGACCGUCACAGAUAAAAUGUAUAUACAUCUUUUCCUACGUGCGGUAGCUUGCUUUUUGUUUUAUGCAAAGACAGACAUCCAGGGACGACUUUUUAUUAUUAUUAUUUGAUUUUUUUUCCUCUCGUGUAGAGACAGCUUUUCCUUUACCCCCCAACCCAUUCUUUCUGCUUUGUGUUCCUCCUGCAGAAACCAGCGAGCAGAAACCAUCGUGGCAUUGAGAUAAUUCCUCAGUAGCUUUAAUGGAUCGAUCCGAGUCAUAAUUCACUGGAAGUCCAAGUUGUGGGAUGUAGACCUGUAGCAACUCAGCGCUGUUUUUCCUCGUUGUUUUGUUCAAUUGCUCGUUCGUUUGGUUUGUUUGUUCGUUUGUUUGAUUUUUUUUUUCUUCUUUGGAGGGGUUUGGGGGAGGGGGGUGCUGUUAUAGGCUAUGUCAUAUUCACUGGAUGAACUUGGGGUAGAUAUAACGCAGAGGUGAUGGGCGCCUGCAGGUGUUUCAUCACUUGACACAUGAACAACGGACUUGCACAUUUUUAAAUAAUGGGGUUGAUAUUAAACAGCUUUUUUCCAA